AUGUCCUCUGCAUCUGUCUCCGUACCUCCUGACUUGACUAAAAUUCACAUCGAAGAUUGUCUGAAACGAGUCAGAGCAUUUCUUGGAGGAUUUUUCAUCGUCGAUACCCGUAAGGCGAAGUUGGUAUGGGAACACCAAUGGUACCCACAAUACUAUUUUCCAAACAACGAGCUGCCUUCAAAGUUCCUGGAUGACGACAGCAAGCAAAGUCUUCCGGAUGGAGCAACCAAAUACGAUAUUGUAGUUGGAGAUAAAAGGGCACCUGGGGCGGUGAUCGUUUAUGGUGAUUCGAAUGGAGAAUUGACUGGUCUGUUCAAGAUUGGGUACAAUUCGAUGGAGAGGUGGUUCGAAGAGGAUGAGCAAGUUUUCGUUCAUCCCAAGGACCCAUACAAGCGUGUCGAUGUGCUUCAGUCUUCUCGACAUGUUCGUGUGGAAGUCCAUGGAGUAGAAGUAGCUAACACGCACAAACCUCGACUCUUGUUCGAGACCAACCUACCGGUUCGCACUUAUAUUCCGCAGACGGACUGUAAACUGGAGCUUCUGACUGCUUCGGACCUUCAAACCCCUUGUCCAUACAAGGGCGUUGCGAGUUACUACCACGUCCAGACAGGGCCGGAUAGGAAAGCAGAGAAUGUCGUUUGGUGGUACCGAAACCCCAAUGUGGAAUGCGUUGCAAUUAGUGGAUAUUACGCCUUUUACGACGAGCUGGUGGAUAUAUGGAUUGAUGGGGAGAAACAGUCUCGGCCAAAAACACAUUUCGUGUAA